AGCCCCCGACCCGGGCGAAUGCGGGCUUGUGCCGCCGCCGCCGCCGCCGCCGCCCGGGCCGAGUGACAAAGGAAGGAAGGAAGGAAGCGAGGAGGAGCCGGCCCCGCAGCCGCUGACAGGGCUCCGGACACUUCCUCAGCGGGCACCGAGCAGAGAGGCGUGGGGCGUGAGGGGCGGCCGCGCUGGUGCUGUGGUCGGGGGAGGGGUCCCCGAGGGACGGAAGCGGUUGCCGGGUUCCCAUGUCCCCGGCGUAUGGGGAGCAGUCGAGGAGCCGCUGCCUGGGAUCUGAAGGGAGCUGCCUCCGCCGCCGCCGCCGCCAUGGCCGCUGGAUCCAGCCGCCGCCUGCAGCUGCUCCUGGCGCAAUGAGGAGAGGAGCCGCCGCCACCGCCCGCCUCUGACUGACUCGCGACUCCGCCGCCCUCCAGCCCGCCGGGCCCCCGCCGUCAGCCGGCCGGAUCCCGCCGCUGCCGGAGCCACAGCGUUUCCCGUCGCAUCUCCCUCUCCCUCCCUCCUUCCCAUCCCCCCCUUCUCUUCUAGCGUGAGACUCGUGAUCCUUCCGCCGCUUCCCUUCUUCAUUGACUCGGAAAAAAAAUCCCCGAGGAAAAUAUAAUCUUCAAAGUGCUUUAUUUUCAAUCAAGUAUUUGUCACCGUUUCACAGGAUUUUUUUUAAAGGAUCUCUUCCCUCCUCCCCCUGGUUUUUUUUUUUUUUUGCCUUCCCAGCAAAGGGAGGGGAAAGGACUGUUUUUUUCCCCAGCCCCAAAUCAUCUAUAUGAUAAAUAUCCGCACCGAUCUGUCUUUGAAGAUACAUCGUUCGUGCUUUGUAAUUUUUUUUUUUAAAUAUAGCUAUACAAAAGCAGUGAAAGGCCAAGAGGACGAAGUCUUUUUUUUUUUUUAUUGUGGGAGAACUUAAUGCUGCAUUUAUCAUUAACCUAACAUCCCAAAAUAAAACAAAAGGAAGAAAAGGAGGAAGGAAGGAAAAGGUGAUUCGGGAAGAGCGUGAUCAUGUCAGGGCGGCCCAGGACCACCUCCUUUGCGGAGAGCUGCAAGCCAGUGCAGCAGCCUUCAGCUUUUGGCAGCAUGAAAGUUAGCAGAGACAAGGAUGGCAGCAAGGUAACUACAGUGGUUGCAACUCCUGGGCAGGGACCCGACAGGCCGCAAGAAGUCAGUUAUACAGACACUAAAGUGAUUGGGAAUGGGUCAUUUGGUGUAGUAUACCAAGCAAAACUUUGUGACUCAGGAGAACUGGUUGCCAUCAAGAAAGUAUUACAGGACAAGAGAUUUAAGAACCGAGAGCUCCAGAUUAUGAGAAAGUUGGAUCAUUGUAACAUAGUUCGUUUGCGUUAUUUCUUCUACUCAAGUGGUGAAAAGAAAGAUGAGGUCUAUCUUAAUCUGGUGCUGGACUAUGUUCCGGAAACAGUAUACAGAGUUGCAAGACACUAUAGUCGAGCCAAACAGACGCUCCCUGUCAUCUAUGUCAAGUUGUAUAUGUAUCAGCUGUUUCGAAGUUUAGCCUAUAUCCAUUCCUUUGGAAUCUGCCAUCGGGAUAUUAAACCACAGAACCUCUUGUUGGAUCCUGAUACAGCUGUUUUGAAACUCUGUGACUUUGGAAGUGCAAAGCAGCUGGUCCGAGGAGAACCCAAUGUUUCGUAUAUCUGUUCUCGGUACUAUAGGGCACCAGAGUUGAUCUUUGGAGCCACUGAUUAUACCUCUAGUAUAGAUGUGUGGUCUGCAGGCUGUGUAUUGGCUGAGCUGUUGCUAGGCCAACCAAUAUUUCCAGGAGACAGUGGUGUGGAUCAGUUGGUGGAAAUUAUCAAGGUCCUGGGAACACCAACGAGGGAGCAAAUUAGAGAAAUGAACCCAAACUACACUGAAUUCAAAUUUCCUCAAAUUAAGGCACAUCCUUGGACUAAGGAUUCGUCAGGAACAGGACAUUUCACCUCAGGAGUACGGGUCUUCCGACCCCGAACUCCACCAGAGGCGAUUGCACUGUGUAGCCGUCUGCUGGAGUAUACGCCAACUGCUCGAUUGACACCACUGGAAGCUUGUGCACAUUCAUUUUUUGAUGAAUUACGGGACCCAAAUGUCAAACUACCAAAUGGGCGAGACACACCUGCACUCUUCAACUUCACCACUCAAGAACUGUCAAGUAAUCCACCUUUGGCUACCAUCCUUAUCCCUCCUCAUGCUAGAAUUCAAGCAGCUGCUUCAACCCCCACAAAUGCCACAGCAGCCUCAGAUGCUAAUGCUGGAGACCGAGGCCCAAGCAAUAGUGCUGCUUCUGCAUCAGCUUCCAACUCCACCUGAGCAGUCCCGAGCAGCCAGCUGCACAGGAGGAACCACCAGUUACUUGAGUGUCACUCAGCAACACUGGUCACGUUUGGAAAGAAAAUUAAAAAGAGAAAAAAAAUCUGUUCAUUUUAGUGUUCAAUUUUUUAUUAUUGUUGUUGUUCUUAUUUAACCUUGUAAAAUAUCUAUAAAUACAACAAUUUCAUUGUAUUCUCACUUUGAGGGAAAUCCAGGGGUGGGAGGGGUUGUGGGGAGGGGAAAACGGAGCACUAGAACACACAAUCUGUCUCCCACGACAAUCUUUUUCUUUCUUUUUCUUUUUUUUUAAAUCAAAAGUCUGCUGUUGUAUACUUUAAAAACAGGACUCCUGCCUCAUGCCCCUUCCACAAAAGAAAACCUUAUUCUGUGCUGAAAGUUUUCUUUUCAAAAGUGUAAGACUUUGGUAUAGUACACAGCUUGAAAUUGGUUGGGAGCUUAGUGGGUAUAAUUCAACAGGGACUUGAAAUGUCAAUUGCAAAAUGAAUCCACAUCCUCGGGUAUUUGAAAACCUGGCCUUUGGCAUGUUGGUGGCAGGUGUGGCAGACAAAAAAGAAAAGUGUAUCAUUUGUAACUGAGGGAAGUUAAUACAGGUUGACACUCCAACAGGCAAAUUGUUCAUCAAUUUGUCCAGGAUUUUCUGUUGUUCUUAAUCAGGGCUGGUGGUGAAGAAGCUUCUGUAGGAGCAGUAGCGAGCAGGACUCUGACAUGCCUGCUCAGCGGCUGGAUCUUUACUUGCCUGACCAAAGCUUCUCUCCAAAUCAUGUUACAGUUUGAACCUAGUGACAUAGGAGGAGACAGAGGAGGGUGUUGGGCAGGCCCCUGAGGUUGCAGAGGUCAGGGCUGAGAAGCCUGGACCAGGGGCAGAUCUCACCACUGUGAAGGAGUUUGGACUGUUUUUCUGCAGUUGUUUCCCUUGGAAAGAUACACUUGAGAGGAUAUUAGAAUUAAAUGUGAACUGCAACAGUCUACUGGUUUAUUUUUCAUAUUUUAUAAACUGAAAAUUGAGCUUGCAGAACUUGCCACAUUCUACAUACAUAGCUCUAAUUUUAAAUCCAAAUCUAGAAUCUGUAUUUAAUUUUCAGCUUUUUUUAACCUCAUGCUUUUUAAAUUUAUUUAUUGAUGCAUGUCAGAUAGGCCAUGAUGAUUUUAGAUGGUAGGGGUAUUAAAAACUACACAUCACAAUGAUAAGCAGUCACCUGUACCUGCUGACUUUAUAGGAAAGCUGAUUAUAUAAAUGUGUGUAUAUAUGUUAUAUAUACAUAUAUUGAAUACUGCCUCUUUUUGUUUUGUCUAUAAUAUCAAAACUGACUGGUUGAAGCAUAAGAAGAAUGUUUCUCCCCCAAAACCUUGUUAAGAGUUUUUGUUUCUGUUUUCUUUGUGUAUCAGUUCAUACUGUAAGAAUCUGUCUCUGUUUUUGAAGAAAAAGCAAUAUUCCUUGGAAUGCAAGAAGGAUGGAAAGGUUACGUUUGCAAUGAGGAAAUAGAUUUUCACAACUAGUUUGUUUUGCAACUUUAAGGUUGACAUCUAUGUGGGCCUUAUAUACUCUGAACUGAACUAUCGUCACCUUGGUGCUUAUGGGCCAUUACUUGACCUAUGAAUCUUUAAGGCACAAUCAGUUGUAUUUUACAUUUAAAGAUCACAUGAGUAAUGGCCGCCUUUCCCUCCUGUCUGUUCCUUUCCCACACACUUUCCAAGGGUAGCCAGUAACUAACUUUAGGGCGGCCAGGCCCAGCCCUAGUUUUUGUGUAACUUCCCUUCACCCUCCUCAUUGCUACCUGUGGUUGUGAUGGGGGCCGCACCAUCUGGAUGGUUUGGAAAUGAGUCUCUUGGCAGUCCUCACGCAGGCCCUCACAGCCUGUCCUGCUUCUGACCCGCGGUGGGACUACAGCAGCAUCGUCCUGCCUACUAAUGGGAACCAGCACCCAGGAGGACAACUGGGAGCCAUCUGGGUUUUCACUCACUGUUUAGCUAAACUGGUAGACCACAAAAGGGGUUUCUCAAACCUCUGAUUUUAUCAGAGUUCCUGAGAAAGGAAACAUACUCAGUCAAACCAAAUGAAACAAGUCGUGUUUUCGUUUUUAUUAAUAGUGCUUCUGAGAGCUAAUUAAGAUUUAAAAGAAGCCUGAAAUCCGAAUAUGCAACAGCUUAAUUCCUUUAAGGGAAUGUCUGAUAGACCGUCUUCAGAAAAGAUCUAUAAAGAAUCUAAACAAGCAGGACUGUGUCAGAAAUGGAUCUGUUUUCAGAUCAAACUGCCCAGCCAAAAACAUUUGGAUACAGACAGUACUCUGGACUUGUUGUACUUGCUAGAAUCCAUAAGAAUUAGUGCUUCUUUAGGAAAUACUUCCUAACCCCCCCCCCCCAAGAAAUGGGAUAUGAGUUGGAGAAAAGUCCAGUGCUUUUCUCUGUGUGCGCGUGUGUGGGCUGAGGUGCAUGAUGUUUCUUUCUCAAGGAUCAUGGCAGGAUCACAGAACUCUUUUAUACAAGUGAGAACCAGGUCUCUGAGUAUCUUUCUGUAAAUAAUAGUAAGAAAAGCUCCUCACCAAAUUCAAGCUUGUACAUUAUAUUCAAUGUUUUUAAAUUUAAGUUUUAUUGUUUUGUAUGUAAAUAUGUGGACCCAGGAACUGUUAUUAACGAGCAAAAAGUUACUGUUCAGGGCAGUGAUUCUGUUUAAUAAUCAGACAAAAUGUUAGACGAGCUUUUUAAAGCCAUAUAGUUUUAACUCUGUACAGUAGGUACCGGCCUGUAUUAUUGUAACAAUAACUCUAGCAAUGUAUAGUGUAUCUAUAUAGUUUGGAGUGCCUUCGCUUCCAUGUGUUCUUUUGUUUCUGUUUUUCAUUUUUGAGAUUUAAGUUGAUUUUCUUGAUCCAUGUCUUCCCUGCUCAUCAGUUUUCCCUUUGAAAAAAGAGCUCAGUCACCACCGUAUCUUUUUGCCCCUUCCACAGUGAAGUUUCAGUGAGACGCCAUGCUCAGGAGCCGGAAGAGGAAACCAUGUUAGUAAUCUCAUUGAAAUCUUGCAUUUGUUUUAGUCCUGAGACGCCUGUUUCCUCCUCAGCAGUGACCAGCUUCAUUUCCUAGACUGUUCAGGGACUUAGUGGAGUGCAGAGAGUCCUAGAGCUGAAGGAUAGCAAACAGACCAGGUAUUACUCAUCUCUGUCCUAAUGGCAGAUUCUGAGAGCCUUACGUGCUCACUCUACUCCUUACCUACUUCCUUCCGAAUGAGAGAGGUAAAACAUUUGUUUUAAUAAAUGAGAGUUUCCUAGUAGCAUUAAGUUUUGCUCCAUGGGAUCCUGAAAUGCUACAAUGCAAUGGCUGAUAGUCACUGGCCUAGAGUGCUGCCAUGUUGACGGAGGACUGUCGUUUCCACAGGGGAACUUUAGUCCAUUCCCUCUCUGUGACCAUCUACCCACGUCCAAUUAGGUGUCAUUUUAGUUUUUUAAAAACAGUUUAAUUCUUACUGUUUGCCCAACAUGAAGGCCUUUUUUGAAAGGAAAAGUACUUGUUUUGCCUCCCAAAUACUCUAUAUGUCUUGAGUAGAAGAAAUUAAAAAAAAAAUUUACCAAACCAAAGGUUGCUAUUUUUUGAAACAUGUGUUCAUCCCAGCAAGGCAACUGCACCUUCUUUCCAAUGACGUGUGUCAUUUUUAAAAGUCCUCUUAAUUUUUAGACACAUACUUUUGGUUUGUGUCUUAACACAGAAUGCCUGACCAGUCAGCCUGUCUUCACCAGUGUGGAAGUUUCUAAGAGGACUAUUAUAUUCUCUAUCCCUGUGGAUAUAAAGACACUGGCAUUUCACUUACUUUUUUCCCUCCUUUUUAAAGGAUUUAACUUUGGAAUCUUCCAAAGGAAGUUUGGCCGAUGCCAGAUCCCCAGUGGGGGUUUUACUUUGUUUGAAACAAAAGUCGUAUCUUAAUUCCCAUCAUUCAUGUUUGUGAUCAUCUAAUCACAGAGCAGAAUACUUUUCUCCCCCAUGUAGGAAAAUUAAACUUGCUUUAUAACAAAAUCUGUCUUUUCUGGUAGAUACCUGAGCCACCAGAAAUGAGAGACACCUAGAGGCACAGCAGAGUCCCAGCCUGAGGUCUACCUUUGAAAGACUUGGAAAGUAAUCCCUGGCAUUUGGGUUAUUUUCACAAGGGUUAUAUCAUUUUAUUCAAGUUUGUUGCUCCGUUUUGCACCUCCGCAAUAAAAGCAAAGUGACAACCAGAACAUAAGGGGUUAGCUUGGCAAAGUAGACUUCCUUGUGUUAACCUUUUUUUUUCUUAUAUCUGUCUACAGGCAGAUACAGAUUGAUAUAUGAAAAUGUGCUUGCCUGUAAAAUUUGCAUUUAUAAAUGUGUUGCCGAUGGAUCACUUGGGCCUGUACACAUACCAAUUAGCGUGACCACUUCCAUCUUAAAAACAGAUCUAAAAAACAAAAUUUAUUAUAUAUAUAUAUAUAUAUAAAGGACUGUGGGUUGUAUACAAACUAUUGCAAACACUUGUGCAAAUCUGUCUUGAUAUAAAGGAAAAAGCAAAACUGUAUAACAUUAUUGCUACUUGAAUGCCUCUGUGACUGAAUUUUUUUCUUUUUAAAUAUAAACUUUUUUGUGAAAAGUAUGCUCAAUGUUUAUUUUCCCUUUCCCCAUUCCCUUGUAAAUACAUUUCGUUCUAUGUGACUUGGUUUGGAAAUAGUUAACUGGUACUGUAAUUUGCAUUAAAUAAAAAGUAGGUUAGCCUGGAAAUGAAAUUAAAAUUCACAAGUGUGUGGUCUUUAUUUCAGUACACAACCCUCUUUCUCCACCCUGCCUAUUUUACCACUGCAAUAUGUAGUCACACCGCCAUCUCUGUUCCAGAGGAAACAUGAAUCUUUGUUACUAAGAUCAAAAUAGGAACAUCACUUGGCGUGUUUUCAGAUGAUCUCCAUCGUACUGCCAAAAGAGGUGCAGCUUCCAUCCCAGAAGCCUUUGGAUUUGAAAUAGAGGAAGCUUCGCAGACACUGCUUUGAAAGAAAACAUCCCAGAAAGGGACAAUUGUAAAAACAUGUAUAAGCUGCUGUCUUUGAUUACUGUGUUCAUGGUUUUGUGUCGCUGUAUUUUCUUUUAAUUCUCAUCCUAUUAGUAAUGGUCUUUGGGGGUCUCUGUAAACUAUAUGAACACCACAAACAGUGGGACUGUACCUCCCAGGUAACCAACACAUGUUGUGUUUUGAGUCUGCUCAUUUCCAGUACUGGAUGAUGUAUGUAAACAUGUUAUGUCUCUUAGUGCAAAAACAAACUUCUUUUUUUUUUUAAGGGCUGGUUCACUGUCCAGCCUGACCUAAAGGCUAGAUAUAAGGUCAUGUGACUGCUGCUUCAAUAAAAACAAAUUUAUAUUCGA